GCCUCGGUCGCUAGGGACGCUCGGGCCGCGGCGGCCGCGAUGGAGCGGGAGGAGGGGCUGACGGCCGUGGACAAUGUGGUGACACAGUUCCACACCUACGAGGACUUCCUCGACUCGCAGAUCACCACGGUGGACCUGUACUACCUGGAGGAUGAAGGCUUGGCACGCCAGUUGGUGGAGCUCGGCUACCGAGGGACCGGAGAGAUAGUGACAAGGGAAGAUUUUGAAGCAAGGAAGGCAGCUAUCGAGAUUGCAAGGCUGGCUGAAAAAACUCAGAAAAAGACACUAACAAGUGCUGGUAAAGACCUGAAAGAUCAUUUCCUGCAGGCUCUGGCAGUGAGAGAAGAAGACAAUCGCAAUGGAAAAGUGAGCUCCGUGCUCUUCAUCCGUGACAGAAAUUCUCACGGGCAGGAGGUGUCGGGGUACAUCGACUAUGCCCACAGGCUGAAGACUGAAGAUUUUGAAGUCUACUUUAAUGGAAAAAGGAAGCUUCUUCCAAGGCCCACCGAUCUGAGCUUUUACAACUGGGACAAUCAUACUGCUGUUUGUAAUUCAAGUCCCAACUAUCAAGUGAUCGCCGACAAUCCAGGAGGCCUGCUUUUCAAAUAUAAAAGAGACCGGAAAAUCCUCAACGUGGACUCAAAGGCACCACCAGGGGACAACUCUACGAGAAUCCCCAUCCAGACAGAGCUCUACAUCCAAGCUGUCAUUUUUGACCACAUUUCCAGAAGGAAAACUUAAGCACCAACAUGUAAGGUGGUUUCCUAACAGUUUGCUAAGUCUAAACAAAUUCUGUAGACAGAAGCAAAUGAGAAUGAUAAAUGAGCCCUGUGGCUGGAAGGCAAGUUAGAAUAAUAAAAGUAAAUAAAGAAAUGAGAA